AUGCAUCUCCGCAUUGUGCCCUAUGCCAUCCUCCUAGGCACGAGCGUUCUCUCGGCAGCCCAGGUGCAAGCCCCAGAAGUGUCUCGUAGGGCCAUCAAAUGUGCUUGCAGCGGCAUCGCUGGCAACACUCGUUCAGCGUGUCGCUCUAGUGGGGGCGACUUCAACGAGGGCGGCUGCGGAUUCUCGGGCUGCUGUCUGUAUGCAGGCAAUGAGCAAACCAACUUCAUUGAGUUCUGUCAGGCACUGGGAUUCGGAUUCAGGCGCUGUGACGAUUGCCAUGCAUGUUGA